GGCCUCAUAAAUGCGCCUCCCAGUUUGUGAUAAUCAGAUGCAUCAUGCUGUUGAUUGUGAGUGGCCCAGUUUGUGUUGGAGCUGAUUGCUGGAUAACACCUCUUCAAAUCUUCCCACAUAAAGUGCUUAGAUGAAGGAAAAGCACCGACAGAGACCAAAAAGAGGACUGUUUCUCCUUCUUUGGAGUGAUUUUUUUUCCCCCUGUUCUUUUUGUUGUGAGUGUGCAUGUUAAUUGACAAAUUAAAAAGUGCUCCAUUACUUACGUAAACACAAAGUUGCCUGCUCUAUAAGAGGCAAUUAUCUGUCCCUAAAGUGGCUUUUUACUGCAGCAUGCAAGGGAAAUAACCUUAAUGAGUGACUAAUUCAGUAAUCACUAAACACUGAUUUUUUUUCUGCCCCUUUUUUUUUUUUUUUUAAUUCAGAUCUUUUUUUAACAAGUUCCAUUUCACCUUUUCACCUCCAUCAUCACUGCUCUGAUCUGAUUUGGAAAACAAAUCAAAAGAACCUCUGUGGUGACGACCACGUCGCCACUUUCUGCUCCCUGAAUGUGUAUUAAAAAAACCUCUAGCAGAGCUGCUCUUGUCAUUUUGUCUCGUCUGUCUUCAAGCAUGAAUCCUGAGAGCUGCAGUGUGUUGUCACAGUUGAAGCACAAACACAAAUCCAACACUCAUAGGGAAGCUGAACAGUGAACAGGUUUUUUGUGGAGUUGUUGUAAAAUGAGGCCCAGAUGAGGCAGUGGAUAAUAAAAGUUCCACAGAGGUGUGUUGAGCCAUUAAUGAGUGACUAUAAUAAGCAGUUGUUCCUGAAUAAUGAGCCCCCACAUGUUGAAUUUAGAAUUAAAUCACAAGGGGACCACAAACUAUCAUGCAAUUGAAUAGAGCUGGGAACGUAACAGGCCUGCAGUGAAUGCUAGUUAAAGGAAGUGAACACAAAUGGCUCCAAAUAUCAUUACACAUAAAAGACAAACAAGGUCCUCCAAUUGAUGUGCGUGUGCCCAAAGAUUUGAAAAUUGCAAAAUUGGUGUUUGCGAGAUAUUUGCCUGUUUCAGUCCAAACACAAGCUUCCCAUCCACAUGCCUAUAACAUACAAGGGUUUAAUGUUCCUUUCUCCAUCUUGUGUGUAAAUAUAACUUGACUGGUUGUGUUUAGCAUCAGACAUUCAGAUCACACUAGAGUGCACGUGUGCCUUGAUAUUCUUGCCUAAACCCCCCACAAAGCUUUAGAAACAUAAGCUAAAGAGGCCACAGUUGUCCCCGGCACCUCCUGAACACGCCCCAUGUUGUAGACGUCCUGUCAGCUCGCCAAACAGUAGACGCAUCCUGGCCAAAAUCAUGCAGUGGCGAGCAGCGCUUUCAGCUGUGGCCGGAAUGCUGUAAACUGUAAUCCUCUGCUAGGAGUCACCAGCCAGAGCGGGGAGAGGCUGCUGGGCGCAGUUGUUUUGGCAGCUGAGGCGUGACUUUGCAGUAGCUGAAGUGGUGGAUAAUGACUCUGGGGACUGAGCAAAGAAGAUCAUUUCCCGCAUGCUGGGGUUUAAAGUUUACUACAGAAUUGUGACCAGAAUGAAAUAAAGACUUCUUAUAAAAUCACCCUUUUCCUGGAGUUUCGCUUUGACACUGCAUUCAGGGACUUGUCCCCCUCUCCUGCAGUGUUACAUAACUUUGCAGUAUUGGCGACUGGUGAGACAGCAAUCCAGCAACAGUGUGGCAAGACUGUACGAAUUAAAAUCAACGCUGGUACGCCACUGACUGCAUGCAUACACUGUGCGUUUAUGCAGAACAGCAACAGGAGAAGCUUCCAAAACUGCACCGAUGCAAGUGAAACAUGACGUGAUGCAAAACUUUCAUGUCAGCAGAGCCGUCAGAGGGGACUCUAACAUGUGGCAGCCAACAUGGCGGAUUGUUACUGGCAUACACCGAAAGAAGGGGAUCGUACCUGCAGACUUGCGAAGUGCACAUGACGCAAACUUCCUGGUGUGCGACGAUCCAAUUUUGAUGCAGUCGGCACUUCAGAGGUUGCUGUGUUUAUUAAGCUGUACCACGUUAUACCAUCACAACACAUUUUAUAAGCUUUGUCCAGCUGCUGUAAUGCAAAGAAAAUCAUUUUAGCUUCUUCACCCUCUGUGGAGGAUGAAGGUUAUUGGAUUUGCUCACGAGUGAAUAUGCUUGUUUUUGUCAUAACAACAAUUUAUCCCACAGGUUUUUAAAAUAUUUUAACACCUUUUUCCAUUUUAAUCCCCUUUUUUGGCCAAAUAUGAGGAAAAAUCACAUCUUUUGGAGGUGUAGCAAAAAUCCCCCCCACAGUCUCCAUGUUUCAUAGCUUCUCCACGAUCCUCUUCUCUCCAACAGACACAGACAGGCAGACCUCCACCGACCCGAGUACAGACACAAUGGAUUGGUCAUCAUCCUCCUCCUCCAGCCUGAUGGCCAGCAGCAACGUGACCAACAAGACCGACCCCCACUCCCUCAACUCCCGCGUCUUCAUCGGCAACCUCAACACCCUGCUGGUCACCAAGGCUGAUGUGGAGGCGAUCUUCUCCAAGUACGGCAAGAUCGUCGGCUGCUCCGUCCACAAGGGCUACGCCUUCGUCCAGUACUCCAACGAGAGGAACGCCAGGGCCGCCGUGGCCGGGGAGGACGGCCGCAUGAUCGUUGGACAGGUGCUAGACAUCAAUCUGGCAGGUGAACCGAAGCCUCAUAGAUCGAAGACAGUGAAGCGAUCUGCAGGAGACAUGUACAGUUCAUCUUUUGAUUUGGACUACGACUUCCAAAGAGAUUACUAUGACAGAAUGUACUCCUACCAGUCCCGGGUGCCUCAUCCCCCUCCCCCUCUGUCCCGCGCGGUCAUCCCCUCCAAACGUCCCAGGGUGAGCCUGAGCAGCGGAGGGAGCCGACGAACCAAGACCAGCUUCUCCUCCUCCUCCUCCAAGAGCAGCCAGAGAACUUCAUGUACAAUGAAGGCAGAUGAUCUACAGACCAUAAAAAGGGAGCUUACACAGAUCAAACACAAGGUGGACUACCUGUUGGAGAGCUUAGACCACAUGGAGAAGGACCACAGCAAGAAAUCAGAGAUGAAAAGCUCCAAACCUGAGCCAGGUGAAGUGUCUCCUCUCCACUCAUCUACCUCCAGCAAGAAGGAAGACAGUCUGAAGAGGGGCAAAGAGAGCCGGGAGCUGAAUGACUCAGAGGAGGAGGGAGACCUGCUGGAGGAUGAAGAUGAGGUGAGGACAGGGGGAAAAGGAAAGGAGGACAUCAGCAGCUGUUUUAAACAAGAUGCUGAACUGGCUGCUAGGAUACUCCUGGACCAAGGACAGGAGCACAGUGUUGAGACUCCACAUGGCGUCCUGCACGUGACCCUCCAUGGCACGCGAACCACCCGUAGGCCCGCCAUCCUCACCUUCCAUGAUGUGGGUCUGGACAGUGAGUAG